AUGACGGGCACGAUACUACUUACUGGUGCCAAUGGCUCCGCCGGCCUUCAUGCGGCCGAGCAGCUGCUCAAACAUCAUAGUGAAUUUACCGCCAUUUUUACGGUCCGGGACGCUGGAGCGGACGAUAUCAACACACAGAACCUGCGACAGCUCAUUGCACGUUACCCGGAGGCCAAGGCCACCGUACAUCAGCUCGACCAUGCUAACCUGGCGUCCGUCCAUGAAUUUGCCAACAAGAUCUCGGCCGCCAUCGCUGCCGGCGAGUACCCGCCUCUAGGAGCAAUUGUGUGCAACGCCUCGUAUUGGAACAUGGUCCUUGACUCGGAACUUACAGCAGACGGCUAUGACAAGACUAUACAGGUGAACCACAUUGCGCACGUGGCCCUCGUACUUCGACUCUUGGGCAGUUUUGCUGACGAGGGUCGCAUUGUGCUACUCUCAAGCAUCGCCCACUAUCGCCAACCUAAUGCAAUGACAUCGCACCUCCCCGAGAUUCCAGACGACAUUGACCAGCUUAACCAUCCUCCUCCUGACAAGGAUAGGCAAGGCCGUGGUUUCCAGAGAUAUGCUAAUUCCAAGCUCUUGAUCACGACCUGGAUGUACCCGCUCAACCGUUAUCUGCAGAAGAACCCAAAAUUCAAGAACAUCACGGCCGUGGCCAUUAACCCGGGUGGACUGGCCGACUCACGAGCCUUUACUUCCAACACGCCACGGUCGAUACAGCUCCUGCAGACAUUCAUAGUGAAGCCAUUCAUGGGGGUUAUCAACCGCCUGGCCGACCCAACACUCCGAUCGUCGGCCGCGGCUGGAGUCGACCUGGCAGAACUUGCCGUCAACAAAGCGCACCCCGGCGAACGUGGUUAUUUCACCAUGUUGAAGAAGGACGAAAGUGAUCCCCUCACGUUGGACGAGGGCGUCCAGGAGAAAGUGUGGAAGAAGAGCCUGGAAUGGGCCCAUAUCACAAAGGACGAUACUGCUUUAAAGGAAGCCUUUGAGUAA